AUGUUUAUUGCCACUAUCCACGCAAUGUUAUUGCAAUCUACGGAGCCCUGCUCGCAGCUUUACUGUCUGUGGCAUGUGACGCUGGGCGUCUACGAGUUGGCGGAAACAGCUUCAAUCAGGCCUAAAAUCCGGUUUCAGCGUACCGCGGAUGAAGCGCCGACAAGUGGACGUCGUACAAAGUAA